AUGCCACAUAAAUCACUUUAUCGUGCUUUAUGUAAUAUCGCAGAUAAGGUUGUUUAUCCGGUCCUGCCAGCUUUUGCUAAACCUGCAUGGAAUCAUCCGGCUGGACCGAAAACAGUCUUUUUCUGGGCACCUACUAUCAAGUGGUCACUCAUCUUUGCUGGUCUGGCUGAUCUUGCACGUCCAGCUGAUAAGCUCAGUUUUUAUCAGAACGGUGCUUUAUGCGCUACCGGAGCAAUAUGGACAAGAUAUUGUUUCGUCAUCCGACCAGUGAAUCAUUACUUGGCUAGUGUCAAUUUCUUCGUCUUCCUCACAGGUUUUGCACAAAUUGUGAGAAUCAGCCACUACAGAUACAUCACCCCAGACUGGAAAGAGAAAGAAGAUGAAUCCUGA